GAUGUUGGUAUUCGUAAAUGUAGUAUCGGAAUCCGCGUGACGUUGGACGAUUGAUGACUUCGGGGUUAUAAACCGCUUUUGUAAUCUUUAUGAUCAAUAAUAGUAGCAUUUGAAAUUCUUAAAACGCGUCAUUCGAUAGACAACAAUUAUGUAGUAAAGCGGUAUAUCGCGGGUGAUUUUAAAUUUAUUGUUAAUGGAAAUUUGUUAGUUCAUUUUCGCUUGGGAAUAUUAUUCGUUUUAGAAGUGGCAGAGCGAAAUCUUUGCUUGAUUGCGGCAAAUUCGUUAACGUGGAAUUAUGAGUUAUUACAAAAAAUUAACAUUAUCAUUCCGUCAAAAUUAGUUUGUGGUUGUUGUUAUCAAUACUAUUUGCGUGCAUUUAACACGAAUAAAGACAUUCAUAAUGGGAGCAAAAGUAACAAAAUCACCAACGAAACUGGAUAAAAAAUCCGUCGACAAAUUGCGACAUUUGACACAAGAAGAACUAUCGGAGGAGGAGAUUCAAGCAUGUUUUAAAACUUACCAACAAAGCAGCAGUAGCGGAAAGUCCGACCUGACCAGGGACGAGUUUAAGAACGUUUACCGUGGUAUUUUCCGGUGCGAUAACGGUGAGUUUGCUGAACACAUUUUUAGAACGUUUGACCUGAAUAACGAUGGCCACGUGGACUUCCAGGAGUUCUUACUCGGACUUUGCCUCGCCGGAAGUAAGGACACGGAAACAAAGAUCACCUGGGCGUUCAAAGUGUACGACAUUGACGGUGACGGCACGAUAUCAUGGGCCGAAAUGAGGAAUAUUAUCAAGUCCGUCUGCAAGAUCGUCAGUGAGAGUGUCGUGGACCAGAUAGACCACGAACUCACGCGGAACAACCAAGACUUCCGGCCGCCGGCUCUCAAAAGAACCAACACCGUGGAAACGUACGAACAGAGGGACAAAGUGGCGGAAAUCGCCGACAAGAUUUUCCUCGAGUUGGACCAAAACAAAGACGGGUUUAUAACCUUAGAGGAAUUUAGGGACGGCGCGAUGAAAAUCCCCCAAGUCGUCCAUCUUCUUGAAUGUGUAUGUGUAGCGGAUGGUUAGCGAUGGGUUGUGCAGGGGUGAGAAAAUAUUUGGUAGAAGUUUCGGUGGAGUGUAAUGCUUGUUAUGUAAAUAAGGUUCAAGGUAAAAGUAAGUGCACGGAUAAGUAAAUGUAAUACACGAAGACCGUUCAAUAAGUAAGACUUUUUAAUAAAAGCCAAAGCUUAUACAAAAAUUCGCACAAACGAACGUAUAACAGCGAUCAUUGUGGUGAUCAGUUUUUACGAUGAAAUCACGUGUGUUAUCGCCAUGUUGAUUUCGAUAACGGAGAUGGAAAGAAGACGAUGCGUAUUUAUCCAAGUGGUCAACCAUUUCAUCCUGAUAUAUUAGUUGUUAGCCAACGCAUGUGAAUGAAAGGAUUAAUAAUUGAGUCGUGUUCUGAGAAAACUGGGCAUAAUGCUUGUGCGUAAAGUAUCGUCCCACAUUAGCCUGUGCAGUCCGCACAGGCUAAUCAGGGACGACACUUUCCGCCUUAACAAGAUUUUUGGUAAGAAGGGACUUUCUGUAAACGAAAAAUACCUUAAAAGCGGAAAGUGUCGUCCCUGAUAAGCCUGUGUGGACUGCACAGGCUAAUCUGUGACGACAUUUUACGCACAUGCAUUAUGUCCAGUUUUCUCAGAACGCGACUAUUAUGUACUUGAAUGCAAUCGACGUCAUCUGUGUAGUAUGGGCAUGAUUAUUGGUAUCGGUUAAUUGUGUUUAUUGUACACUUAAUUGCUUUUCAGCUAAAUUCACGUGAUUCUAAAUGUUUAGUCUAUAGUGGAUGUUUUAUUAACUGACAGAGUGUGCAUGAUUCCACGGUGAUCAAAUGUGUUAUUUUUAGAAAGUUUAAACGUCGAAGUGUUUUCCGUUAUUGAUCUCCAUAUAUUGACAUGCACAUAAUCUUCGGUUUCAACAUUAACCCAAAUCGGCUUUCAAUCAAAAUGUUUUUGGGUCGAAUACCAAAACAAUUCUGUUUGUAUGUCACCUGAGCUAGAAGUGCUGAAGCUGAGCUAUUGUUAACACCACAUGUCCAGCGUCCAUCUUCGAGCGGUGUGCUUCGUCAACUUUUAGCUCGUUACCACUCUAGAGGCCACGAUUCUUUUCAAAUCUGGGUGAAAAUGUAUAAGAAUCUUUUUCUUGACCAUAUGUUAUCGGAGUUUGAAUCUGGGUAACAUGCUUUUAAAACUAACAGACCAAGUCAAAUCUUAUUAAAAAAACAACAACAUUGUAACCACUCUAGAGUCCACAUUAAUUGCUCAUUCUUUGUGAAACUUUGUAAGAAUGUUUAUCUUCGUCAUAAUAAUUCAACGUUUGAAUCUGGUGCAAAUGAAGUAAAAACCAGAUCAUCUUGUAAAGUCAUCAACAAGUGUUGUCCGUAGGCGUAUGCGAGCGAUUAAGGACAAUUAUGGUCCUCUUGUUUACUUUUAUGAUUAACGAUCCCUUCUUGAUUUAUGGAUUAUUUUGCACAAAUGUUUUUAUUGCAAUGCUGUAUCAUUUUAUGUACUACAUGAAACGUAGCAAAAAUUAUUUGAACAUAACUUAUGCAUAUUAAGAGAUACAUUGUUUGUUGGGUAUGUUUUGAAAAUUGUUAAGAGCGAACUAGGAGAAAAUCAAACAAUACUACAACAAAGAAUUAGAGAUACACAUAUAAAUAUCGCGGAAAAUUAAACAUUAUUAUGUAUCAUAUCGAUUAAGGACAAUUAUGAAAGUUCGCCUUCCAAUAGAAUCCAUGUAAAAAUUCUGCUAUAUACAAAACAAUUUUUAUAUGAUAUCCCAAAACGAAUAAAGUCAUCGUUAAAAUACUAAAUCGUUUCAAGGAUAUAACCACUGUGAAAGUAGUGAUGCUUUGACAGUUGAUUAAACUUGUCUGGUGUUUGUUUCGUAAGAUAAAAGCAAACACACGUAAAUUUUCAUUACAUUAAAAAUGUUUAUGGGUAAAAGAAAUAUACCCAUACCGCACGCUUUCAUAAAGAUGUUUUCCAGUUAUUGUAUUACAAUGUUUGCAACAAGAUUACUACAUACUGAUUUUGUAUGUGUAGAAUAAUGAUGCACUCUUGGACAGGUUUUAAAAUUGAUACCGUUUCUUCUCUUGAAAAAUGUAUCGCAUGCAUUAAUUUCUUAACCCAUUUAUGCCCAGUGGACUCUCCCAUCCUUCUAAAUUGGAUCAUUUUAUUUCCGAAAUUAGGGGUGUCAAGUAUAUUUAUUUCUACAUUUAGAAUAUUUCAUAAAGAAAUUCAAUUAAGCAAACAGCGUAGACCCAGAUGCGACGCCGCAUUAUGCGGCGUCUCAUCUGGGUCUAAGCUGUUUGCAAUUUCCUUUUUUCAGGACGCUAGGAAUAAAUGAGUUAAAAUUAUAAUUAACAACGUAUUUCGAAUUGUGUUUUACAUGUCUUGAUUGUUACAUUGCUCAUAUAGAAUGCUUUAGCCGGAAAGUACUUACUGAUAUUGAUUACUAUUAAGUUAAUUGUUAGUCGUGCAGUGUGCAAAUCCUGGGUAUGGUAUUCAAAUGAACAAACUAUGUUUGUUUUAACAUUUAAAAAUCAAUACACGUAAUGAUUAAGUAAUUGGACAACAAUUAUACUCUCUUCCGUGAAGGUAAUUCUCGGGUACAAGCAAACAUGAACGUAACAAACGACUGGCAUAUCGACACAUGACAACGAAUAUCUAAGGUUGAAAUGGUUCAUAUCAAUAAACCACAAUUGCCAAUUGUUUGAUUAAACCAGACAGCAUAACUGGCAUGAACUUAAAUACCAGAUGUUUUAUCUUCAAGUUCAGCAAACACGUUCUUAUUUGUCAAGCUCAACUUCAACCAUCCUAAGAGUCGCGGAGUACAUUUAAAAAGACGGACCCGCGUCCUACGACAAUGGGUCUAAUGCUAUAUGCGUCCAGCGUAGCUCCAGAUUAGCGUGUGCAGUCAAACGAUGAAUGGUCAGGAGCUACACUGUCUGCUUACGUUAUAUCAUAUAAACACAGAAAGUUGGACGUUAAUCUCAGUUGUUUGUGGUAAAUAUUAGUCUUCUGUGUGUUCUUAAAAAUAGCGCUCACAGAUUUUAAAUUGUUGACAUUUAUUUUGAUGUACCUUUUAAAUGUUGGGACUAAUAUUUAACUUUAAAUUUGCAGAUCUGCAAAACUUUCAACUUCAUGUUUGCUAAAUAGAUUAUUCAACGUCUAUAUUUUCGUAAACUGCGGAAAAUGUUUGCGCAGGCUCGUCACAAGUACAUGCAAAUGAUUACAGCAGUAAUAAUACUAUAAACAUAUUUUUGGUGAGUACUUAAGCAAUGCGUAAGCGAGGUUGUUGAAAUGUAUACAUACUACUUACAUAAUUAAUAUAAAUCAAUCAAAGUCUGCAGUUAAUAAAACCUUUACUCGUCGAACAAAAACAUUGUGAGGCUAUAAAAAGAACUAACACAAAACUACUGAAAAUACUAAGAAGAUGAGUAAUAAAAAUACCAUAGUAUAUUGUAUUCAUUUAAAAAUAACAAUUAUAAAAAAAUGCAAGACAUGAGAUUUAUAAAUGAAACGUAAUAACAAACCAAAUAAAUAAUUAUAUACUAUAUUGAUAAAGUCUUAGAGUGUAUAAUAUACUGUUGAAAUGAAUUAACUGAAAAGCAAAAAUUGUGUAGACAGAGAAAAAAACCACUCAUUGAUGAAAACAAAAAAAAUUAAGUCAAAUUUUAAUCAUAAGAACAUCUAAAGUUGUAUUAUAAUGUAGAAUAAUUGUAUGCCAUUUGUUUAAAUUGUAUCUGUGUUGAUGGACAUUUAUGUAUUUUUGAACACUGUUAAGUACAUAA